UCGGCUUAAAUCCCCACCAAACAGCCCCUUAAUUUGCCGUUUGCAGUUAUUCCGUACAAAAGAAGCUUGGAAACUUGCAAGAGAGAAGAAAAAUAAAAAAAACAGAGAGUUUAAGAUGGAGAAUGGAAACCAAGAAAUCCCAGAGAAUGCCAAUGAGCAUUGCCCAGGACCUCAGUCCGAGUCCGCUGGGAAGUCUGAUGCUUGUGAAGGUUGCCCUAAUCAGCAAAUAUGUGCCACUGCUCCAAAAGGCCCAGAUCCUGAUUUGGUUGCUAUAGCUGAAAGAAUGGCAACUGUCAAGCACAAAAUAUUGGUUUUGUCUGGCAAGGGUGGUGUUGGAAAGAGUACAGUCUCAGCUCAACUCUCAUUUGCCCUUGCAAGCAAGGACUACCAGGUUGGCCUACUCGACAUCGACAUAUGCGGCCCGAGCAUCCCUAAGAUGCUCGGCCUGGAGGGACAAGACAUCCAUCAGAGCAACCUCGGCUGGUCUCCCAUAUACGUCGAUUCCAAUCUCGGCGUCAUGUCCAUAGGCUUCAUGCUUCCCCAUCCUGAUGAGGCGGUCAUCUGGCGCGGUCCUCGCAAGAAUGGCCUCAUCAAACAAUUCUUGAAGGAUGUGCACUGGGGUGAGAUCGACUAUCUUGUGGUGGAUGCCCCACCUGGGACCUCAGAUGAACACAUAUCAAUCGUCCAAUUCCUUCAGGCCACCGGUAUUGACGGCGCCGUCAUAGUCACCACCCCACAGCAGGUUUCUCUAAUCGAUGUACGCAAGGAGAUAAGCUUUUGCAAGAAAGUUGGGAUCAAAGUCCUUGGAGUUGUGGAGAACAUGAGCAGAUUGAAGCAGCCUGUGUUGGAUCUCGAGUUCGAAAGAGUAAUUAUUGAGGGGAAAGAAACUAUUGUGGAGGAUGUCACUGAGUGGGCUCAGAAGUAUAUAAUAGAGAAUGCGCCAGAACUAUUGUCACUUUUUGCUUGCAGUAAGGUGUUUGAUAGUAGUCGAGGUGGUGCGGCGAAGAUGUGCACUGAUAUGGGAGUCCCCUUCCUUGGCACGGUGCCGAUGGAUCCGCAGCUUGGCAAGGCAGCGGAGGAAGGGCGAUCGUGCUUUGAAGACCAGAAGUGUAGCUCAAGUGCUCCGGCCCUUCUAAGAAUUGUUGAACAACUCAUUGCUUCUCAUGAAUAGUUCUCCUUUCUAUCUUACGAACUUCUGAUUAUGGUAGGAGUUCAAUUCACACGUGAUAUGCAUUGGGUGAUGUGGCACGUCCGAAUUGACCUCCGAAUGUAUUUGAAUACCAUACAUAAUUAUUUUUAGUUCCAGCGAAGGGCAAGUUUUAUUGAUGAACUUAGAUUUCUAUCUACCAUGUCAGAGAAAGGAAGUGGGCUUCUCUUCAAGUGUAAGAUUUAAUUUUAUACUUCACAUUUUUUUUCUCUAAAAACUUAUGAUGCUAA